UAAUUGUGGUCUCAUUGAUAUCGAGCGGACUCUUUAUGUUUACCUAUCAAUCAACUCAAUUUCAAAUACAGGGCUUUCUAUUAGUAUUAAGCGCUUCGUUAUUAGGAGGCCUUCGUUGGACUCUUUCACAGCUUGUUAUGCAACGCAAAGAAGUCGGUUUAAGCAAUCCAUUGGAUAUGAUGUAUCACAUCCAACCAUGGAUGCUAGUAGGUUUAAUACCGUUAACACUAGUGUUUGAAGCGAUACCUUUCAGUCAAAGCAAAAUAACAAUUAGUCAAAUACUAAGCGAUAGCGAGCUUUUGUGGCACACAAUUAGUCUAAUAAUGAUUGGCUCUGUUUUGGCGUUUCUCAUGGAAUUCAGCGAAUUCUUGCUCUUAACGUAUACCUCAAGUCUCACACUCUCUAUAGCAGGCAUUUUCAAAGAGGUGUUCACUCUAUAUCUGGCCGUCAACUACAACGGCGACCAAAUGAGUCGACUUAACUUCAUUGGACUCAUCGUGUGUUUAGUGGGAAUAGGAUUCCAUGUAUUUAUUAAAGCGUUAGAUAACAGCAACGACAAACACAAUGUCGCGGACAGGGAAUCAAAGUCUGGAGAAAUUGAGUCCAAAAGACUAUUGGAGGGCAUCGAUGAAGACGUCUUAUUUGAUUUGAAGCCAAUUGGAGCCAAAAUAUAUUGAAUUAAAUUACUUCUAGUCUCUUAUUAACUGACGAUUCCAUGGAUUUGGAAACUUUUGACAUAUUUCUCGAAAUACUGAUUAUUUUCAGGA